UUCAAAAUUCCCAGGAGACUCAUAUGGAGAGUGUGGUGAACUUCCCGUAUAGCCAUUGCAAGAUAGCCCAUACAUGGAGCUUCAAACACAGCACCCUCCUCUUCCCCAAAACCCAAACCGCAAAACCCUCCACCAAAACCAAAACCAAAUCCCUCCCCUCUACUCUUUCUCGUUGCCAUGCCCAGUUCUUCUCACCACCGCAUAACACCAGUUCCCCAAAGCACACCACCCUCCAUUCCCAUGAAUACCACAAGCUCAAAGCCUUACUGGAGAUUCUCAUGGAGAAGGAGUGUUGCCCUUUGCAAGUGCUUAGAGAUGAUGGUGAUUGGACCAGAGACCAAUUCUGGGCUGUCAUCAGAUUCCUCAUACAUGCCUCCAGGCCCAAGGAAAUCUUGCAGUUGUUUGAUGUAUGGAGGAACAUUGAGAAAUCGCGGAUUAAUGAAUUCAACUACAGCAAGAUAAUAGGAUUGUUGGUUGAGGAGGACCUGAUUGAAGAGGCAGUGCUGUGCUUUCAGGAUAUGAAGAGUCAUUGUCUUAGGCUGUCUGUGGAAGUAUACAAUUCAAUUAUUCAUGGUCUUUCGAGAAAAGGAAACUUUGAUGAUGCCGAACUCUUCCUUAACGAGAUGAAAGAAAUGAAUUUGGCACCAGACACCGAUACUUAUGAUGGGCUCAUUGAGGCUUAUGGAAAAUAUAAAAUGUAUGAUGAGAUGGGUAUGUGUCUGAAGAAAAUGAGAUUAAAUGGCUGUUCACCAGACCAGAUUACCUAUAAUUUGCUUAUUCGAGAGUUUGCACGUGGAGGGUUACUGAAAAGGAUGGAAAGAGUAUAUCAAUCCAUGGUUUCAAAAAGAAUGGAUUUGCAGGCUCCUACUUUGAUUGCAAUGCUGGAAGUUUAUGCAAAAUUUGGGAUCUUGGAGAAGAUGGAAGUGUUUUAUAGAAGAGUUUUGAACUCGAGAGCAAUUUUAAAGGAGGAUUUGAUUAAGAAAGUUGCAGAAGUUUAUAUUGAGAACUAUAUGUUUUCCAGAUUAGAGAACUUGGGAGUUGAUCUUUCUCCAAGAUUUGGUCAGACUGAUCUCGUUUGGUGUGUGCGUCUCCUUUCUCAUGCUGGUAUUUUGAGUCGAAGAGGUAUGGAUUCCGUCAUUCUAGAGAUGGAAGAAAAAGGUGUCCCAUGGAAUGCAACGGUGGCAAACAUAAUAAUGCUAGCUUAUUUGAAGAUGAAAGAUUUCACCCGCCUGAGAAUCAUGUUCUCCCAAUCACUAACCCAUGGUGUGGAGCCCGAUAUGAUCACUGUUGGAAUUCUAUUUGAUGCAAAUAGGAUUGGCUAUGAUGGGUCUGCGACUUUAGAUGCAUGGAGGAAGCAGGGUUUUCUUUACAAAGCAGUUGAAAUGAACACCGAUCCUCUCGUUAUUACUACAUUUGGGAAGGGGCAUUUCCUCAGGAACUGUGAAGCAGCAUACUCCUCUCUUGAACCUGAAGUUAGAGAAAAGAAAACAUGGACUUACCAAGAUCUCAUUGAUUCAGUGUUCAAAGACAAUCAGUGUAACCUCAGUAAGAGGGACUUAAUGAAGUCAAGAUAAGCUAGUGCAUCAGAGAUACUGUUUUUGCUAGUGUACUGAUUAAAGGACAGACAUUUGUACAGAAAUGCUUGAAAGAACCUCAUGAUGGAUUUGAUUAAUUGAACAGCCUCUCUCUCCUGUCUGUUGCCAUUGUAUGGAGGAGAAUUUGCUGCCUAAUUUCAUUUUUUCUCAUCUAUUUGGAGUACUAAUUUUAAUGGUGGCUUAUGACAACUAUAGCAGACACUAUCUAGGUAUAUCAAGUAUAAUCCAACUCUGCUGGAGGUACCACUGCAGCAGGUUUUAAACUCCGCACCUGUAACAAUGAGCUAACAGUAUACAUUACUGGAAGCAGAAUUGACAUAUGCCAUUCCUUUUUAAUGUAUCCCACAAUAUACAGCUUCUUUUUGCCUUGAUUGCAUAUUUGAUAUCCUCCUACUAUUGUUGUUGAAAGUUGAAUAGGUGGUGGAAUAAAUUCCGCAUAAAUCAAUUUAUCAUGACAACGGGUCUUUCUUGGAAUAAAGCUAUAUAGUGAUGCUCAUAAGUUUGUCACAAAGGAAGGCUCAAUUUGGGAUACUGGCUGCAAUUUUAUGCAGAUGAAGGAGGUCGCCGCUUAUCUAACCCAGAGACAUUCACAGAUAAUCUCUUGUCAGGCUUUGCAUGUGCCAUAUGAUCAGUGGGUUGGGAUGAUAUGAUCCUUGCUUCUAUGUCCGUGAUGGUUUGCAGCUUUUAAGUAACAAGGAGACUAAGUUAUGUAGUAUCAGUAAACAUUCAAAAAUAUGGUAAUGAUGAACUCAAACUAUCAAUUGUGUACUUUUCAGUAAAUUAGUUUGCACUUGUUCUUCUGCCAUAUAAAUGUAACCUCAGAAUGAAGAUUAGUCACUGAUUCCUCUUAACUGAAAAGCAAAAAGGGUUCUUCUUCUUGUUAACUGUAGCAUAUAGAUUUCUGCAGAAGUCAUUGUUGCAUUUACAGCGCCUUCAGUUUCAACUGCUUGGGCUAUCCAAGGUCAUUAUGCCUCGAGUCCUCUUGAACACCUAAUAUUUAUUGCUAAGGUGGUGUUUUUGUCACAAAACUAGAAACUUCUUUUUUUCCUUACUUUCAAAAGAUUAAUAUCUUUUUGGUCAGUGGAAAAUAAUUGGAACUCUUUUCAUGUAUGAUGACUGGUUUGCUGGCUAUAAAUAGACUGAUCAUUGUGUAUUUCUCCAGUACAUGCAAAAUCCAGAUAAUGAGAAAUCUUUUGGAGUAGUGCAACAAGUCAAGAUGAUGACACUAAGCAUCACUGGUUGUGAAUUUCACCUUAGCAUCAGUUCUCUGUUUGAGAAAUAGAUUCCAGAGCUUAAACCUUGAAAUUCUGGUUGACUAGUUAAAAUGGUAAAGUACUUUUGGAACAAGUUUUAGGAAAAGCUUAACUAAGAAUGCCAUCCUCUCUUCAUAUUUAUGUUGCAUCAUAUAUUUGUCUAUUUGCUUAUUGUUUGGAUCUGGACAUAAAGCUUCUUGUUCGGAUGAGUAGGAUGAAUUUUUUAAAGGCAGAUGAAAAUUGUCAACCACGAACUAUUCUAUUGUGGGAAAUUGCGUGAAUAUAUUUCAAUAUCAAUCUAAUGAAAUUUAUUUGCAAUUAAGCAGGUCUUCAAUUUUGUGUCUUGGUUGGCGACUCAAUAUAUGGGAAAUUUGGCAAAUUAUAGAGUAAUCUCAUGUGUACUCGUUUGGUCCAUUGUAAAUCUUGGAAAUUUGGCGAAUUAUAGAGCAAUCUCAUUCAUUCUUCAACGGUAUCAGACGCAGGUGGAGAACUCUUUCCCUGAGAAAAACACAGCUUGAAGUCAGCUCACUUCACUGCAGUUAUGCUGCAAACAACAGAGACAAAAUUUUCUAACAGAGACAAAAUUUUCUAACAGAGACAAAAUUUUCGUAGUCUCCAAGAACGAGGCAACAUCUUUUUUUUUUGAAAGUUUGAGGCAACAACAUCCAUUGUUAGCCUGAUGUAUAAAUCAUCAUCCGUCUUAGGACGAAGAAAGGAACAUCGCCAGUCACAUAAGGCAUACCCUUAAUAAUCAUGUCCUCCACUUCUUGUUUUCAUCAUCAAGUUAGGAUUUUGAGCACAAACAGUGGCUGCUGCACAUGAUAUUAGUGCAAUCAAGUGAUGAUAAGAAGGCUUUCUGGAUUGAAGAUAUAUUGCAUUGCAGGCUGUUUCAGAUAUAAGAUUGCAAAACCGAUGAGUAAGAGGAAUUGUUGGGAGUGUACAUUGCUGCAGCAAUUUGGAGAUGAACCUAAUGCUACCAAGUUCUGUUGAAUAAUACUGAAAAGAAAUAUUUGGAAGCAGUAAGAGCUGUAGAAGCUUUAGAAUUCCCAUUUGUAGCAAAUCGGCUAAUUUAUGUCUGGUAAAGUUAUUGUUUUGUGUUUCUGAUCCCUCUACAUUUUCACCAACAGAAACUUCAAAGCACGAACGCGAGCUCUAUUUUUAUUUACUAUAUAUUUCUUUUAAAUUUGAAAAAUCAGAAGUGAGAUGGGAUCAUGGGAAGUGAAGACAAUGUGACCAAAAAAGAAAGAAGAAACGUGGAUUUGCUUCAAUCAUUCAUAGGAUCGAACUUGAGAUUUUCAGAUAUGAGACAAACUUUAAAAGU